AUGGGCGCGUCCACGAGCGCGAUGCCCGCGCCGUGCGGCCGUCCCCCCGUCACCGCGAACCCGACGACCGCGAAGCUCACGCCGCGAGACGCGAGCGCCUUGAGAGACCUCUACGGACACGACGACGAGCUCUUCCAGCUCAUGUGCGGCGCGGAGCUCCUGCGCGACUGCGCGAAGAACGUCAGGGACGACGCCGCGGCGUACUUCCACGCGAUGUCGGCGUCGUGCGCGGCGGAGCGGAAGUUCGGGGAGAAGCUCCAGAGCGUCGCGGAUACCCCCAACGUCAGCGGCGUGGCCGCGCACCUCGCCGCGGCCGCGCGCGCGGACGACGCCGAGGGCGAGACGUCGCCGUUUCCGCGCGGCGCCGCGGGCGGCGGCGGCUCGGACCCGCGACUCCGCGCCGCGCUUCAGGUGAGCGCGUCCGUCGGCGAGCUCGCGCGCGCGGAGGUGGACGCGUCGGCUGCGCACGACGCGUUCGUGGAGACGUUCUUGGAGAAGAUGAAGGACGUCGCGGCGAGGGUGGAGAAGGCGCACAACACGAAGCUGGAGACCGCCGCGCUCGCGCACGAGAAGGCGUUCCGGCAGGUCAAGCCCCCCGAGCACCGGCUCGAACAUCUCAUGAACCUCGACGACGAGCAGCGCGAGUCCCCGGAGUGUCAAAAGAAAAUCGACGUCGCCGAGGUGGAGCUCGAGAAGCGAAAGGCGCAGGUGGCCGCCACGUCCAAGAUGCUCAAGAUCAGAGCGCGAUUAUUCCUGGACACGUACACGCCGUACGUCCGAGACGCGAUCAGCGCGUUCGCGGUCGCGCAGCACGACGCGCACGCCGCGAUGGCGCGCGCGAUCGGCCGGAGCGUCGGCGGCGGCGGCGGCGGCGUGGACGCUGCGCGACGCGAGUGCGCGUGGUUUCUCGACGCGGAGCCCGGGGCGGCGACGCCGAAGGUUCCGGUUCCGUCGGCGGUGGGCGAGGGCGGCGAGGGCGAGAUCGUCGCCGCGGCGGCGGCGUGA